CUUCCGGGUCACUUGACGCAACUCUGUGUACCCACCUGGGACUUGCUGUUCUUUCGUGUUCUCGUCUCAUAACCGAACGACCUCCUUCAAAACAUUUUCAUUGAAUGCGACAGUUACCACUGAUUGAAGGGAUGCCAACGCAAUCCCGAACAUCAAAGAGUAGAGACGUGGAAAACGAGGAGAGGAAAUCCAGGUCACGACGAACAACUGAAAAAUGAAGUGUCCCACAGAAGUCACCGUAGAAGAUCUUCACCCUGAGAAGCACGAUUCCCUCCGCGUUAAAAAGGAGGAGUCCGACAUGCCGUGGAUCAAACAGGAGGUGGAGCCAGAGACCCCUGACAUAAAAGAAGAAAAACAGGAAGUUGAAAUCCUCAAGUUUCCAAUGGGUGUCAGUGUAAAGAGCGAAGAAGACAAAAGUUCAAGCGAUGACAGUGGAGCAGCGAAACCUUGGAGCGACAGCUCAUUUCAACAACUGACAAUAAAAGGAGAGGAACGAUCGCAACCGGACAGCCUUUUAGCUCCGCUUUCGGACAGCGACGACAUAACGUCAUGUUCUUCUGACUCUAAUAGUGUUAAGGAGGAUGAUGACUUUGACCAAAAUGAUUCAAAAUCUUUAAACAAGUCAUCAUUGAAAAGAGACACAAAGGAAUGCGUAGUUGGGAAACCUUUUACCUGCUCAAUCUGUGAUAAAACAUUUUCUUGGAAAUGUUUUUUAAAAGAACACAUGCGUACACACACUGGGGAGAAGCCUUUUGUGUGCACAAGUUGUGGUAAAAGAUUCACCCAUAAUGGAAAUUUAAAAAGACAUACAAGAACACACACUGGAGAGAAGCCUUUUGCCUGCCCACUUUGUGGUAAAAGAUUCACUGACAAGACUGAUUUAGAAAGGCAUAAGCCUACACACACUGGAGAAAAGCCUUUUGCCUGCACAUCAUGUGGUAAAAGAUUCUUUGAUAAGAGAGGUUUAAACAGACACACAAGCAGACACACUGGAGAGAAGCCUUUCACCUGCACACUCUGUGGUAAAAGAUUCUCCGAUAAAGGAGAUUUACACAAACACAAAAUCACACACACAGGAGAGAAGCCUUAUGCCUGCACAUUUUGUGAUAAAAAAUUCUUCGUGAAGGCAAAUUUAAACAUUCAUACAAGAAACCACACUGGAGAGAAGCCUUUUGCCUGCACACUGUGCGAUAAAAGAUUCACAGAGAAGGGUGGUUUAAAAAAACACACAAGAACACACACUGAAGAGAAGCCUUAUGCCUGCACACUUUGCGAUAAAAGAUUCAUCGAAAAGGGACAUUUAAACAGACAUACCAGAAACCACACUGGAGAGAAGCCUUUUGCCUGCACACUUUGUGGUAAAAGAUUCACUCAGAUGAGUGAUUUUGAAAGGCAUAAGCGCACACACACUGGAGAAAAGCCUUUUGCCUGCUCACUUUGUAGUAAAAAAUACGCUGAAAAGAGUGAUUUUGAAAGGCAUAAGCUUACACACACUGGAGAAAAGCCUUUUGCCUGCACAUCUUGUGGAAAAAGAUUCUUCGAUAAGAGAGGUUUAAACAGACACACAAGCAGACACACUGGAGAGAAGCCUUUCGCCUGCACACUUUGUGAUAAAAAGUUCUUCAAGAAGGCAAAUUUGAACAUUCACACAAGAACACACACUGGAGAAAAGCCUUUUGCAUGCUCAUUUUGUGGUAAACGAUUUGCUCAGAAAGGAAAUUUAGUAGUGCACGCAAGAAGCCACACUAAGUAAAGACCUUUGAAUUCUCACGUGUGACAAAAUAUUCUGAUUGCUGCAUUUACAGUGGAAAAAGCAUUUCAAUUUAAUUAUUCAGUUUCCCAUGAGCCUCUUUUGAAAAGAUUGUUGAAAUGAUUUUUCAGGUGCUGUUCUUUUUUACCACUAUCCAAUACAAAUAUUUAUAUUUUAAAUUGUGUAAAUUGCAUUACAUGUCUUUCUGUUAAUUGUUCCAUAAAUUCCUAACAUCUUGCUUUUAAGGGUGUUGAGAAAAAUUUAUCCUUAAAUCACGAUAUUACGAUAUUGCAUCAAUCUUUACACUUGGGUUUUUAGUGGAAACUAUUCAGUGGCAGCACUUUUUACUCCUGUCCAGCAGUUGGCAGCUUGCAGCAGCAUUGCCUUGCAGUCUGCUGAAGUAAUAACAACAAGAUUAGACUAAUCCGAGUAGAAGUUUUGGUACGUCGCCCUCUAGUGGUUGGCCGUCAUUACUGAGGUGUUUACACACUUAUAGCAUCCCACCCGUCAGUCGAUGUAAAACAGUAACAUUAGCUGCUGUGUGCUGAGGGCGGCACACCUCAGCAAUGGUGGACGGGGUACUUCCGGUCAUUUUGCUUGGAUUCGUCCCUUUAUAAAUUUGAAAUUUGGGCUUAUUUUGGAUUUAACUGCAAAAACGGAGACGUAGAGUAUUUCGAGUCCUGCUUUAAGCAGUUUUGGACAAAAGUAAGGUAGAUAAAUUAAAAGUAAAUGACAGAAAAUAAAAAGAAAAAAUUAGUAUAACUUGUAGUAACAUUUACCUUUUAAGAUCUACAAGUCUUUCUAUCUGUGGAUCCCUUUAACAGAAAGAAUGUUAAUAAUGUUAACGCCAUCUUGUGGAUUUAUUGUUAUAAUA